AAGACUAUUGUUCUUUGGCAUAAAACUUGAAAGCUAUUUCUUGAUGACCAGAACAGAUUCAGCUGUGUUUGACUGAAUCAAAUGACGUCAUCUGAAUAUUUGAAUAUAGAAUUUCAUAAACAACAUCUGCAAUAUUGCUACGUGUAGCAUUUCAUUCUGACCGUUAUUUUCAUUAUUGAUGUGCUGAUUUUAAAUGACUGAAGUCACGUUAUGUCAGAAACUGGGAUGAAGACUUAUUUGCAUAAUUUGCAUCAGAACACACACACACACAAAAUUAUUGUUUUAAUCUUUUAUGAUCUUUUAUUUCAUUUCUGCUGUGCUCAUCUACUCACUUUAACAUUUUGGCCAUUCCUAAAAAGAUCUCUGAAUGGUCCGAGUUUUAUGUAUUAUUUGUAUGAAAUUGUUCUUUUGUGGUGCUGCGUGUCCAUAAAUAAUAUGGAAAUGUUAGCUGAUGUUAGUGUUAGUGCAGCGUUGAAUACUGAACAGUCAUUUCUCUUGUUUUGUCUUGAGCUCAGAUGAAUCAGAUAUGUGUGAUUUUUCCAGAUUGACCUCUGCGUCAGGUCCACAUUAACACCUUCAUCACUGUCACAAACAUCUCCUCAUCCUCCUCCUCUUCUUGUUUUUCAUUCAGAAGAGUUGCUAUUAAAUAGUAUUAGUUGAAAUAGAUAUUCGUGAAAUGUGAAUUCUUGAUAUAGAUGCAGUGCAAUAGUUUUGUUAAGCAUUUAAAUGUGCUGUCUUAUCAGCUUGUUCAAUGAUGAUUUUAAAUCAAAUCAAACGUUACUGAAGUCCUUUGAGUUUCCAGACAGUAAUAUUAAACAAAUAGUCCUUUUGACAGGAGCAUGUCAUUUGAUGAUGAAUACAGUCAUAUAUUUUGUGUGUGUGUGCGUAAAGUGGGAGGAGUCUGAUGUUGCUGAUGGUCCUGAUGCUGCAGGUGUAUAUAAGUGUCAGUGAGCAUCAGUUGAGUUCAGUGUGUCGAGAUGUCAGACUCUUUGCUUCCCGUGUGUGUCCUCUGCAUACUCGCGCUCUCAACACUCUCGUCUGCAUGUUACAUUCAGAACUGCCCACGUGGAGGGAAGAGAUCUCAGCCGGACCCCAUCAGACAGUGUAUGAGGUGUGGUCCGGGGAAUAAGGGGCGUUGUUUUGGUCCCAGUGUCUGCUGCGGAGCCGGUCUGGGGUGUCUGGUGGGUUCUCCAGAGACUCUGAGCUGUAUGGAGGAGAAUGAUGUGUCCAGUCCCUGUGAGACGGGUGGGAGGUCGUGUGGCGAUGAAGGUGGCCGCUGCGCCGCUCCGGGGGUCUGCUGCGAUUCUCAGAGCUGUGUUCUGGAUUCAGAAUGUGUGGAUGACGUGAGAUUGGAGUCUCAAGACAACGCUUCACUGAAGAAGACUUCAGGAGAUCUGCUGCUGGAUCUGUUGAAGCUCAUGUCACGGGGUUAACACGUGAUCUCCAGCUGACAACAGAGAACCUUCACACAACUUUGGCUAAUGCUCUUGCAGUAAUGUUAAAAGAGUGUUUUAUCACACAUUAUACAUGUCUUAUCAAAUGUUACUCUUACAUUGUUAGUGGGGCGUUUCAAACGUUAACCAAACGUUUUUCAUGGAACAUUUGAUAGUUAGCUGGCCGUACAUGAACAUGAAGGCGAAUCUGUUGUGUUAUUGCAGAUGGAUACUGAUGUUUGUUGUUCUAACAGGUUUGAGUUUAUGGCUGCAGAAGUCGCGUGCCCUGUUGAUGUUAUUGUAUUGGCAGAGAUUUUAAGGCCAAUUAAACGUGUGACAGUUAAUGGCCAGUAAAUACCCGCCUGUCUUUAGUCAUUCAACUGCAUUUGUGUUUCUCUUUGACAGACGCUGUCGAGCAGGUUUCUUGUGGCUCUAACAUAAAUCUAGAAGACAGAGUAUUUACAUCACAUUUUUGCUUCAUUAAAACACUGAGAAUUAUAAUUAUAAUGUACAGACCAAAAUGGAAGGUGGAGAGUCAAGUGGAAAGAAACGGGUGAAACGUUGUAUCUGAACAGGUGAAGCCUGUUUCACUUUGAAAUCUUUUGUUCUGUUGUAUUCAAAAGAAAACUAGCCAGACGCUGAAAAAAAAACAUUACAUUUGAAUUGGCUUUAAACUAACCGUGUGUUCAUUGAUGUUUUAUCAAACGUAUGAUGUUAAUGGCAUUAUUACUCUGCUAAACGUCACGUUUUGAGAUGAUAUGAAGCAGAAGGAAGUUGCUUAAUGAAGAAAUAAUCAUAUAAAGAUUCUUUGUUCAUAUAAAGCAGCAUUAUAAUAAAACAACAUCCUCACUGUUCCAUAAUUGUAUGUAAAGCGGCUUUGCAACUAUGGAAAAUUGUGAAAAACUUUAUAAAUUGAAUUGAACUGCAAGUCCAUGAAAGACAGAAUUCUUUAAAGCUCUCAGUAUAAGGUCUCUGUUGCUUUAUUUAUGCUUGAAUAUCAUUGUUAUACUGGAGUGGGUUUCUGUGAGGUCAGAGGCCACAGACACAAGUAAAACCUGACUGUUGUUGUGCUCGUUGUGUGACUGUGACU